ACUGUCAGUCGAGUGUCUGCGUGCGAUGACAGAAGAAAAUGAGCUGAAAUGACAACAAAUGUAGAGACGAGGAGAAGGAAACCUGACACAGAGACGCAAGAUCCUCCAGAGAAGCGUGAUGGAAAUCAUCUGCCCGGCUCUUUCUGUGAGAGGAUCUGUGUAGCUCAUAUUCCCUCUGAAACUAGUGAUGGUCCUGCACACUCCUGUUUGCUGCAAACUAGCGGCUCCUUCACACCUAAACCCCCACAGAGAACAUGCAGCUUUGGGGAUGAAAUACAGGAGGAAAAUCCGCGCAAGACCACCUUAAGUGCUGAGAAUGAAGUAGAGGCCCAAAAACUGGCAAAUAAUUAUAAGUUUGGAUUCAGGAAAUGGAAGAGUCAUGUGACGGAGCGGCCAUUUCAGGAUCGGUCAGAAAUUGUGAAGGAGCUUUACUCUGAGCUAAAUGUCAUUAAACCACUUUCAGCAGGGACAUUAUUUACAUUUGGAAAUAUCCUCUAUGUGUUUCUGUUCGGCUGGUGGAUUUCUCUGGUUUACCUUAUUGUUGGUGUCCUAAUGUUCCUCACAGUAUUUGGCAUCCCAUAUGGAAAACUCUGCUGGAACUUGUCCUGCUAUUUUCUCUGGCCAUUUGGGAAAUCGAUCGAAAAGGCCAGUGUCAGUGUGCCGGUGUACAGUGUGAAGAUCCUCCAGGAUGGUUUAUCUGUAGAAGAAGAGGAUGAUGGGAAGGCUUCAUCUCCUCUUCUGCAGCCCACAACGCUGGAAGAGACGACAGAAGAGCUCAUCAGAGAGCCACACGACCACCGAUAUUGGUGUCGUUUGAGUACAUAUGUCUGGCUGUUGGUGGGUUUUCCUCUCCUGGCCCUCACUCAUUCACUGAUGUGUCUAAUCUCAUGGCUGCUGGUUUUCACUAUCCCUGUGGCCAAGAUGAGCGCCAAAACCUUACGCACCAUCCUGCUCAUGCCCCCCGAACACAUCCACAUCAGCCAAAACCCUGAGGCUCAAGAUCACGAAGUCCGAGUCAUUCUGUGCUGCUACAGUGCAGUGAACCUCUACUAUUAUAAAUACACAGUGGACGGGAUCAACGUUUUUGCUGUCAAUCUCUUACCUUUAGUUAUAGUGUCACUAGUGAUUGGUUAUGUGGACCAAACAAACCAGUUUGUCAGCUCUGAAGUCAAGUUCGCUACAGCGGUCAGUUCCAUUAUUCCGCUAUCAUAUUACAUUGGCAUGGGCAUUGCAAGCAUUUCUGCUCAGAGUAACUUUGCCGUCGGGGCUGUGGUGAACGCGACCUUCGGCUCCAUCACAGAAUUGACGUUUUACAUCACGGCGCUGCUCAGAGGUCAUCAUCAGGGAAACAAGUGUCUGCAGGAGAUUGUGAAAGCUGCUCUUACUGGAACUCUGCUGGGCUGCAUCCUCUUCAUACCUGGGAUCUGUAUGAUAAUCGGAGGUCUGAAGCACCAGGAGCAGAGGUUUAACAGUCGCUCGGCGGGAGUCAGCUCCUCUCUGCUCUUUAUAUCAAUAGGGGGAGUGUUUGCCCCUACGCUCUUCUCUAAAGCCUAUGGGAAUCUGGUGUGUGAGAACUGUACAAACUCCACAGGAACCAACAGCAGCGGCUCCUUCGUGUGCAAAAACUGCCAUUACGAUCUGAGUGAAAACAGCUACAGUCUGUUUCACAGUCACAUUGAGCCUCUAGUGUAUACAGUUUCCUUUCUGCUGCCUGUCUCCUACAUCAUCGGCCUCAUCUUUACUCUUAAAACACAUUCACACAUCUACGACAUUCACAUUGGCGAUGGAAUGGCAAGUCAUCUUGGAGCGUCAGUGCACUGGUCCCGAUGGAGAGCUUUGCUUAUUCUUAUCUUUGCCACAGUCCUGAUGUCAGCAUGUGCCGAUCUGGCCACCGAACACAUUCAGCCCAUACUCAACAACUCGUCUGUUUCACAGUAUUUCAUAGGUGUGACUCUUUUGGCCAUGGUCCCUGAAAUCCCAGAAAUCGUCAACGGAGUUCAGUUUGCUCUUCAGAAUAAAAUCAGUUUGAGUUUAGAGGUUGGAAGCUGCAUUGCGGUGCAGGUUUGCAUGAUUCAGAUCCCCGUCCUGGUUUUAUUCAACGUCUUCUAUGAUGUUGGAUUUGUACUCGUCUUCAGCGACCUGCACCUGUGGGCCAGCAUCUUCAGUGUCAUCCUUGUCAAUUACAUUUUCAUGGAUGGAAAGUGUGAUUACUUUCAAGGUACUGCUCUGGUGGUGGUGUAUCUCAUCCUGCUUGCGCUGUAUUUUUUCGCUCCGUCUCCUGCUGGUUGUUAAGAGUGAAAGCCAUCACAGAUUGCUUCGUCUAUUCAGUGGGUGAUUUACAUUCUAAAACCCUGUUAUGGUUUCAAAUUAACCUUAGUCUUACACUGUGUUUUAGAGUAUUUCAAUUAUGAAAAUUUCAUCGGUAACACUCGAGGUGUUCGUAAGACUGUCAUGAAACCUUUAUAAUCGUGACGUUAAUGAGAUUUCAUGUAUGCUCCUAACAACUGUCAUCAAGUGUCAUUCGCUUAGUUUUGAGAUUUUAAAUGCAAAUAUGACAUUGUUUGUUAUGACCGCUUGACAUAAACAAAUACACAAGCUGUUUUUGUCUUUGUCAUGACAAUUUGAGAUUACCAAGACAACAAAACUUGUCAUAAAUCUGUCAUAAACAUGAUUGUCAUGAAGCCAUUAUU